UCACAAACUACACCGUUUAGCGGUUAAUCUCUUCCCUCCCCCAAAUCGCACCGUCACAGUCACAGAUUCGCGCUGGUACAAUUUCUUCAUCCGCAGCUCUCGAAGCCACAGCACCAGGUGGACACGUACUGAGCCAUAGCAUCAGGGAGGAGGCAGCAGCUGUUUGGUGUUGUGGUGGUGGUAUUUCUGCAGAUCAGUGGUGGUAGGUAUUUGAAGUAUAAAUUUGAAAAUGAGUUCGGACAGCAUGAGCAGAAGCAGGAGCAGGAGCAGGAGCAGGAGUCCAUUGGAUCGUAAGAUCCGUUCUGAUCGCUUUUCCAAUCGUGAUGCACCUAACAGGAGAGAUUCACGUCGGGGUUUCAGCCGAGACGACCUUUGUAAGAAUUGCAAACGUCCAGGUCAUUACGCUAGAGAAUGUCCCAAUGUUGCAAUUUGUCACAAUUGCGGGCUGCCUGGUCACAUUGCUUCAGAAUGCACCACAAAAUCGCUGUGCUGGAACUGUCGAGAACCUGGUCACAUGGCUAGUAACUGUACCAAUGAGGGCAUCUGCCACACUUGUGGUAAGGCUGGACAUCGGGCUAAAGAGUGUACGGCUCCCGCAUUACCACCUGGGGACUUGAGGCUGUGCAACAACUGUUAUAAGCAGGGUCAUAUUGCAGCUGACUGUACAAAUGAAAAGGCAUGUAACAAUUGUAGGAAGACGGGCCACCUGGCACGUGACUGUCCAAACGAUCCUAUCUGCAACUUGUGCAAUGUAGCUGGUCAUGUGGCCAGACAGUGCCCAAAAACCAACACUAUUGCAGAGCGGGGUGGUGGUGUUCGCAGUGGUGGUUACCGUGAUGUUGUAUGCAGAAACUGCCAGCAGCUGGGUCAUAUGAGCAGGGAUUGCAUGGGUCCCUCGAUGAUCUGUCACAACUGUGGUGGACGGGGACAUCUGGCGUAUGAGUGCCCUUCUGGCAGGAUUAUGGAUCGCUUUGCCAGGAGGUUAAUAUAUUGAAGAUCACAAUUUGGGCUCAUAUACAGCACAUGGAGCUAGGGUUGUAAUCAGGCCGAGCCAAGCUUGGCACGUUCGGACUCGGCUUGUUGAAUGUGCAUAUGAACUCGAGCUUGGUUUGAGCUUUAGAUCCUAUGUUCUUUGUGUUUUUUUUUCUUGUCUUUCUGUUUUCUGAGAAUCGAAAUAGAGAGCAAAACAAUAAGACAGUAAAAUAACACAAACAAAAAAGACAAAAAAAAAAGGUGUUAAAAUUAA